CACUGUUCUGUUAACUGUUUCCCUAAAUUUAAGAUAGCUGGAGAUGUCGUUUGUUUUGACUCUCGUAAAACUUCCAUUCGUCCUACUACUGGAAAUCAUCUACUUUAUCCUCCGAUGCAGGCCAAAGAAAGACAUAAGAAACCAGCAAAUUCUUAUCACAGGGGCUGGUCAGGGAAUUGGAGCAGAGUUUGCCCGGCAGUUUGCUAAAAUGGGGAACACUGUACACUGUGUAGAUAUUGAGGAGGAGUUGACGGAGAAAAUUGUGGCAGAGUUAAAAGAAAAUGGCCACGAAGCCUUCCCAUACACCUGUGAUCUUACCAAGCAUAAGCAAGUACAGGACCUUUAUGAUGAAAUAUCAGGUACGGGGUUUGUUAUCAACAUCCUAGUGAAUAAUGCUGGAGUGGCGUUUGGAAGAGGGCUACAGGAUAUGACUCUCACUCAGAUCCAACAUUCACUAACAGUCAAUAUUAUUUCCAAUCUGUGGCUCAUCAAGUUGUUUCUGCCAAAGAUGCUUGAGCUCGACGAGGGUCACAUUGUCAAUAUGGCAUCUGUUCUGGGAUUCUUUCCAAUAUCUCCAGAUUUAUUGCACUUGUUUGGCACUAAUAAAUGCAAAGAAGUCUGGAAACAGAGGAAACUGAAAGAAGAGAUAAAGAGGAGAGAAGGGGGAUAA